AUGCCCAUAAAACUCGUAAGUGAUAUUGAUCAAAACAGAGUAGCACAGCAAAUAGAGGUCGACAGCGUAAUUCAUCAUCAUCAUCAUAAACAUCAACAUGAAGGUGUUCAGUCUGGUAAACUUCACUUUGUUAUAUUCUUGGCAGCGUUUUCUUCAUUGGGUGGAUGGUUUUUUGGCUAUGAUCAAGGUGUGACUGGGGGUAUAGUUGUCAUGCCAUCCUUCAAAGCAGACUUUUGUAUUGAUGUCUACGGUAAUGAAACUGACUGUAACCUACCAGUCACUGCUCUACCAUCUGCGUACAGGCAAUUUUUAGUAUUUUUUACGUUAUUCUAUAACAUCGGCUGUUUUAUCGGAGCUGUGUUCAUUUCUUCAUUUGUGGCCGAAAAGUUCGGACGGCGAGCUAUCAUAUUCACAGCAUCGAUCACGUUUUUGAUUGGCACUUGCAUGGUUAUUUUUCCGCCAGGACGCUCGAAAAAUUUCAUGAUUUUAAUACUUAUUGGACGAGUUGUUGAAGGUAUGGGUGUUGGCUGUUCGUCAUUCUCUUGUCCACUAUAUGCUUCCGAGAUAGCUCCAACAAAGUCACGUGGAAUGCUGUCUGGAUUUAUGCAAAUGACUGUAGUAACUGGUUUAUUUAUCGCAAAUGUAUUCAAUUUUCUCUUCAAAGAUCAUAAAUGGGGUUGGCGAUUGUCAAAUGGAGUUAUUUUAGUGGCCCCAAUUGUGAUUAUGAUUGGUAUAUUUUUCUGUCCUGAAACUCCACGAUGGCUGUUCAAGAAAAAAGGUCGAAAUGCAGCAGAAAAAAGCCUACAACGCAUUCGUAAAAUUAACGACGUAACCGUUGAGUUAGACGCUAUUUCUGAUGCUAUUCAGGAGGAAGGAAAUCAACUUUCCAUCAAAGAACUGUUUACCACAAAGAAAAUGCUCGCAAGACUUUUCAUUGGUAUAGGCAUACAUGUUUUACAGCAAGCAACGGGUAUUAAUCCUAUAUUUACAUUUGGUGGCAUCAUCUAUGAAAGUGUUCUUGGAACAGGUCUCGUAUCGUUGUUGAUUUUAUCUGGCGCAAAUUUACUAAGCACGAUUCCUGCCUUGUUCUUGUUUGAUAGAUUAGGACGUCGAAAUCUUCUAAUAUUUUGUGGCCUAGCAAUGGUAGUUGGUCAUCUUGUUGCAGCAACCAUAUUUGUUACAGGUUGCAAUGUUACGGAGACUACCAUCAACGGUACCACUGCAACUCUGGAUACUGUGAUUUGUAGUUCGAAUUCUGGCAUAUUAAUGCUUGUCUUUACUGUUGUUUUUGUAGUAUUCUUUGCACUUUCGUGGGGACCCAUUGCCUGGAUUUAUGCAGCUGAAAUUUUCCCGCUCAAUGUUAGGGCUAGAGCUAUUUCAAUAACAACAGGAAGUAACUGGCUUAUGGGUACGCUCAUGUCGUACAUUUUAGAAUUAAUAUCGCCACUAGGAAUACACGGUGUAUUUUAUCUUUUUAGUGGAUUGAGUUUAUUGGCUGUCGUAUUCGUGUAUCUUUUUUGUCCGGAAACAAGAGGGAUUCUACUGGAAGAUAUUGAAGAUGAAUUUGACAAUUUCCAGAUGAAAAAUAGAACAAUCGUAAAAGUACUAGGGAACCUGUGCCAAUCGGCAAGAAAAAGAACAGCUAGAGUAGAUGUGAUUGAAAUGAAUUAA